AGCAUUACAAUUCCCUAAGAAAGUCAUUUUAAAAACAUCUAAGUGAGUUUCGGGAGCUCCUUAGAGGAAAUGUUACGGAGGCAAGGAAAGGUGGGAUGAGAGGGGAUUAUGUCCACGAAGCGUUGUGUAGGCCCCUCUAUUCGAAGUACCUCGGGGAGUCCCUCAGCUCCCUAGCGAUCUGCUGCAGCCACUUCAAUUCUCCACUACAGAAGGGGCGGAGGUGGCCCCUGGGGAGUGGCGAUGGGAACCGGGCUAAUCUUUAGUCUGGUGACCUCUCGCUGGAUACCGAGGGAGUGUAACUGGCCUCAUGAAAACAGCCAGGAAGUCGAAACGCCAGACAGGGCAGAGAACGGAGAGGUGGCCCCACGGACUUAAAGGCAUGCAGCGAGGAGCUGCCUGCCUGCAAUCAGCUAACUAGUGAGGCUUGAUUGAAUCUACCUGUCCUCAGCAGCCUUGGAACCCCUACCCCUCUUCACGUCUCCCGACUUUUCGUUCGCGAGUGGCCCGGGGCCGCGGGCACAGGGCUGGGCGUGCGUGUGUGUGGCUGUGCGCGUGCUGGUGUGCGCGCCAGUGUGGGUGCGCAGCCCAAGCGCGGAGCCGGGCCGCCGAGCCCAGCCGCCAGCCCGGCGCCCCUCCUUGCAGCUGCCUCCUCCAAGCCGCCUCACCUGGCGCCCGCCGCCCGCCGCCCGCCCAGCCCCGCGCCGGCGCUGCCUCUGUUCAAAGUUUCCCCGGCGCAGACACCUCCGCGCUGCAGCAGCCCAGGGAGACGGCGUUCUGAAGCUGUGCCUUGGAGUGGCCCUUCUGACAACACCUCUCCGCCUCGUCCCCACCUAAUUCAAGCAGAGAGUAGAAGGUUUUCCAAAUUGAGGGGAGAGAAGGGGGAGGGGCAUACCGAGGGAAAGAGAGGAGCGGCGUUAACUGAGAAUAUCCUGCCUGAUGCCAGGGGAUUGACUGACGUGUCUGUGGGGUUACGGAAGAAAACUGAAUUGGCAGCCAAGUUGGCCGAGGAGGGGCUGGGUCCGGGUGCCAGGAAGGUGGUCCCGGUCUCCGUUUCCACUGGCGUGAAGGCUUGGAGGCGCCUCUACAGUGAGCUUUUGAACCGCCAUACCCUCCCAAUCCCUUGGAAAGGAGGGGCCGGCAGAGCUGAGGAGGGGGUAGUCCAGAAAAAGCCCCUGGACUUGUGUGCGUCGCAUCCUUGGCUUGGGAUUUUAAGGACACGAAGAAGAAUUAACAGCGCCUGAAGGAAAUCCACUGGAGAUGGUUUCAAGAUAUAGGAUCCUUAUAUGUGAGGUAUCCGAAAUGAAGUUGGAGCAUCCAUGUUGAAAUUGCUUCAUGUUGUGGAAUUGAUGAGUGCCACCAGAAAGUCGUAUCAUGAACUGCCUGUGCUUCUAAAGUGUCCGGUGGAUUUUUAAUCACACAAGCCUGGAAAUAGGGUUAUGAGAAGAAGCUCAGAACAGAGCAGCAAAAGUGGCCACCAGCAGCAUGAAGAGCCCAACAAUUCAAGCUGGUGAAGUGAGAAAAACAGAAUGCAGCUUUCAAGCCUACUCAACAUGAAGACAAUGAAGAUGAAGACCUUUGUGAUGAUCCACUUCACAUAAUGAAGAGUUCGUUUCCAGCAGUUGGCUUGUGGGACUCUGAGAGAUGCUGCUGCCCAUGACAUGUUGGAAUUAUCAUGAUCAACUACCCAGCUUGGAUUUCACCCAGUGGCCAAGAGCUUUGUGUGGGAGACGGCAAGCGUUGGAUUUUUAAAAAGAGUAAACCAGGCCCGUGACCUAGGUGUAGACUAAGAAGUGGAGUCAUGCUUCACACGGCCAUAUCAUGCUGGCAGCCAUUCCUGGGUCUGGCUGUGGUGUUAAUCUUCAUGGGAUCCACCAUUGGCUGCCCUGCUCGCUGUGAGUGCUCUGCUCAGAACAAAUCUGUUAGCUGUCACAGAAGGCGGUUGAUCGCCAUCCCAGAGGGCAUUCCUAUCGAAACCAAAAUCUUGGACCUCAGUAAAAACAGGCUAAAAAGUGUCAACCCUGAAGAAUUCGUAUCAUAUCCUCUGCUGGAAGAAAUAGACUUGAGUGACAACAUCAUCGCCAAUGUGGAACCUGGAGCAUUCAACAAUCUCUUUAACCUGCGUUCCCUCCGCCUAAAAGGCAAUCGUCUGAAGUUGGUCCCUUUGGGGGUAUUUACGGGGCUGUCCAAUCUCACCAAGCUCGACAUUAGUGAGAAUAAGAUUGUCAUUUUACUAGACUACAUGUUCCAGGAUCUACAUAACUUGAAGUCUCUAGAAGUGGGGGACAAUGAUUUGGUUUAUAUAUCACACAGGGCAUUCAGUGGGCUACUUAGUUUAGAGCAGCUCACCCUGGAGAAAUGCAACUUAACAGCAGUACCAACAGAAGCCCUGUCCCACCUCCGCAGCCUCAUCAGCCUGCAUCUGAAGCAUCUCAGUAUCAACAAUAUGCCCGUGUAUGCCUUUAAAAGACUGUUCCACCUGAAACACCUAGAGAUUGACUAUUGGCCUUUACUGGAUAUGAUGCCUGCCAAUAGCCUUUACGGUCUCAACCUCACAUCCCUUUCAAUCACCAACACCAAUCUGUCUACUGUACCUUUCCUCGCCUUUAAACACCUGGUAUACCUGACUCACCUUAACCUCUCCUACAAUCCCAUCAGCACUAUUGAAGCAGGCAUGUUCUCUGACCUGAUCCGCCUUCAGGAGCUUCAUAUAGUGGGGGCCCAGCUCCGCACCAUUGAACCUCACUCCUUCCAAGGGCUCCACUUCCUACGCGUGCUCAACGUGUCUCAGAACCUGCUGGAAACUUUGGAAGAGAAUGCCUUCUCUUCCCCUAGGGCUCUGGAGGUCCUGAGCAUUAACAACAACCCUCUGGCCUGUGACUGCCGCCUUCUCUGGAUCUUGCAGCGACAGCCCACCCUGCAGUUUGGUGGCCAGCAACCCAUGUGUGCUGGCCCAGACACCAUUCGUGAGAGGUCAUUCAAGGAUUUCCAUAGCACUGCCCUUUCUUUUUACUUUACCUGCAAAAAACCCAAAAUCCGUGAAAAGAAGUUGCAGCAUCUGCUAGUAGAUGAAGGGCAGACGGUCCAGCUAGAAUGCAAUGCAGAUGGAGACCCACAGCCUGUGAUUUCCUGGGUGACACCCCGAAGGCGUUUCAUCACCACCAAGUCCAAUGGAAGAGCCACUGUAUUGGCAGACGGCACCUUGGAAAUCCGCUUUGCCCAGGAUCAAGACAGUGGGAUGUAUGUUUGCAUCGCUAGCAAUGCUGCGGGGAAUGACACCUUCACAGCCUCCUUAACUGUGAAAGGAUUCGCUUCAGAUCGCUUUCUUUAUGCGAACAGGACCCCUAUGUACAUGACCGACUCCAAUGACACCAUUUCCAAUGGCACCAAUGCCAAUACAUUUUCCUUGGACCUUAAAACAAUACUAGUGUCGACAGCUAUGGGCUGCUUCACAUUCCUGGGAGUGGUUUUAUUUUGUUUUCUUCUCCUUUUUGUGUGGAGCCGAGGGAAAGGCAAGCACAAAAACAGCAUUGACCUUGAGUAUGUGCCCAGAAAAAACAAUGGUGCUGUUGCAGAAGGGGAGGUAGCUGGACCCAGGAGGUUCAACAUGAAAAUGAUUUGAAGGCCCAGCCCUCACACUACUGUCUCUGUCAAUGUUGGUAAUCAGUAAGGCAGUAUGACACAAGAAAUUACGAGAUGAAGAGGCAGCCGUAUGCAGCUGCCCCUGUGUCAAAAGCAGGGUCUAUGGAAGCAGCAGGACUUCCAAUGGAGACUCUCCAUCAAAAGGCAGGCAGGCAUGUGUCAGAGCCCUCCCACACAGUGGGAUACUAAAUGUUUGCAUUGCAAAUAUUGGCAUUCUGGGGAUCUCAGUAAUGAACCUGAAUCUUUGGCUCACGCUCACGGACAAUUAUUCAGCAUUUUCUACCGCUGCAAAAACAAAAGAAAAAAUAAA